UCUCGAAGUAGAAGGCAAUGUACAAAUCCAAUAAAUACAAGAUCCAAAUGUGCAAGACCAACCAUACCCUGAAGACUCUCAACAGUUCUGACUGAAGACUUAGCAAGACGCCCAGAGGAAGCAAAAAUGAAGACCCAGGUGAUGCUUUUGCUCCUGGCAAUAGUUGUCACUUUUGUGGCUGUGGAAGGAAGCCUAGGACCUGGAAUUGAAUCAAAAUGUAAAUGUAUUAGAACUACAUCUGCUUUCAUCCACCCAAGAAAAUACCAACAUGUUGACAUUUUUCCUCAGAGCACCCUUUGCAGAAGAGUGGAAAUCAUAAUUCGCCUCAUCAACAAGAGGGUUGUUUGUAUCAAUCCAGAGACUGCAUGGGUCAAGAAAGUCGUCAGCAUCAUAACAGAAAGUAAGCGAAUUGUACCUUCAGAGGAGACCUCUACAUAAGAAAUAUGAAAAAAAAUUGAACAAAAUGAAUUUCACUGCACACCAAAAGCCAUAUCUCUAUUCUCCGACUGUUGUAUUACAGCCUCAGAAAUAGAUUGUUCCCAUUAUUUUAACCAGCUUAUAGCCUGCAACAAUUUAAACUAUAUACAGCCAAUUUUAACAAUCUCUAGUAGUUUCUUAUUCCAUUUUCAUAUAGUUUUUUGAGGGGAUGCAAUGUUUUACUGUCGCAAAAUAUGAACCAGUACAUUUGAAACAGUCUGUAUUCGUGAAUGUGCAAAGAUUUUGCACGCUCAAAUUUAAUUUUGGAAAAGUCUGUGUGGAUAUGUAGAAAAAAUAUCCUCUCAGUCUUAUUUGCAGAGAUUGUUCUUAUGUUGAUUAUUUACUUGAAUGUUUACCUUUCUUUUGCUAAAUCAAGCUGAGUAUUUUGCCAAAAUACUGUAAUUGUAGUUUUACACUGAAAUCCGAUACAACAGUACUGUGAAAUCAGUAUGAUGUUUUGCCAUUUCAGUAGACAUUGUAAAGUCAGGUAGAGUGCAUAGCAAAUGAUAUAUGUGCAUAAUGUUAUAAUGUGCGUCCGUUUUGUACUUAUGGCUGUUUUUAUAUUUGUAAAUGUGGCUAAUAAAAUGGCGUUUUUAAACAUA